CCUAGUAUUAAUAAAUUGAUAUUGUUUAAUUGUUAUUAAGUAAGAGAAUAUCUUAUUAAUAAAAUGAAAGUUUUCCAAUUCUCAAGUUCCACCAUCGUCAUUGUGAUUGUAACUAUUUCCAUGUUGAUUGAAAAAAGUAAAGGUUCUGAUAUUGAUGGUGAAAGUCAACUCGUAUUCCAUCAGGGGCGUACAUCCGAAAAACCUGAAACCGAUUUCUCGAUAAUCUCUGAUGUUUUGAUGAAAGAUUUUCUUUACCAAAAUCCUAAUCGUACAACUGGAUUAGAUUUACUGGUCGCUAAUAUAAUGAGAGGUCGUGACCGCGGAAUACCUGGUUACAUUAAUUACAUUGAUUACUGUUUUGGUUACAAAGUAAAUGAUUGGCCUGAUCUUUACAAGUACAUCCCACGAACUCAGGUUCAUAAUCUUCAACGUAUGUACAGAGAUGUCUAUGAUAUCGAUCUAUUCGUUGGAGGAGUUUCUGAACGCCGAGUACCCGGAAAUGCUAUGGGUCCAACUUUCUCAUGUAUUAAUGGAAUCCACGAGUAUCUCUCAAAGCUUGGUGACCGUUACUUUCAUGAACAUGGUGGUCAAGCUGGUUCAUUUACUCCUGAACAAUUAUCGAAUUUCUAGAAUCACCGAGUAUUAGUUAAAUUCUCAAAAUCUAAUUCAGUUAUGAUGUAUACGAAUAUUGAUUACUUAAUCGUUAUAAGAGCUGAUAAAAUAAAAUUGAUUAUCUAAAAUAAAA